AUGAUCGGCUUGGCCGUUAUAGCAGUUGCAACUUGGCUCACCAACCACAACUUUGUGCUUGACGUGCGCUCAACCCGCCUGACGCUCACAGCCUCGCUCAAGGCCGCACAACUCUCCUCGAAUCUGGCCCUUAUGCAGAUUCUUGUCCAACAAGCUGCGAAUCGUCUCUCUCCACAGUCCGCACUCAACCGCUACUACGCCGGCAAUGCCCCUGUCAGCUGGAGCCGGGUCGAGGAAGACUACGAUGCCAUCUUCUCCGGUGAUAUGAAGACGCGUGUGGCCGUACAGGCCCAGAUAUUCCCCUACAAUUCCUCGGAGCGUGCUAUAUUUAGCAGGACCGCUGUUAGUAUGUUGGACGUUGUAUUGCCCAUGUUGAAACCUGAUGGCCAGAACGCAACGUUAGGCGAUUCUGACUAUGGCUUCAUCUCCGAGCUCUACCCCAAGUUCAAUAUCGAGAAGAUAGCCUACAACUCGACCGUGUCCAGGUACAAGGCACAUUAUAAAGGGAGGACCAUCGACAAUACAAGUUAUCUCUUCUCUGGUCCGUUUCGUGUCAAUGGGACCCUCAGCCUUGUAUCAGUCACCUUGCCCAUCAUCAAUAACACAUCGAACAUUGAAACGCUUGGAUGGCUCGUUUUGGUAAUGGACGGAGCGCUCAUCACAAAUGUUGUCAACGCCAUCGAAGGUCUCGACGAUAGUGGUCUGACCCUACUCUUCGGACCCGACAAUGCUACCAAUACUUUUCCACCCCAGUACUUGUUUGAUGCUGCGGUACCCGAGGAGGCGCCUGAGAAUUUCCAGGUCCGUUACCUUGCUCCACCAACAAAAAGGAACGGCGUACAGCGUCAUGGUCUAUACGACACUGCCCUUGAUCUGCCACCUUUUGACUGGACAAGAUAUCCUGCCAUCCGCACCGGCUUCACCCGCGCUACUGGCGCUACCAACAACGCAGGCAGCCUAAUCUCGACCAACAAUGAGGAUGGCGAUAACGUUGCUGUUGGAUAUGCCGUCGUCUCCAGCCCUAUGGUGGAUUGGAUGGUACUGGUAGAGCAAAGCCACAGAGAGGUCUGGGGCCCCAUCUACCGCCUUCGCAACGUCAUCAUCGCUUGUGUCUUUGGAACCAUGGGUGCCAUGUUGCUCCUGACCUUUCCAGUCGCCCACUUCUCCAGUCAACCCAUCCGGAGAUUACGAGACGCCACCAGGAAGACUGUAAAUCCGCAGCUAUACGACGACGACGACGAUUUUAGCUCGCAGAAUGACGGCGCCAACGAAAGUCCGAAUGGCGACGAUCUUGCUGGCAAGGAAGGCUUCUUUGGUCAGAUUAUCCAUUACCGGAGGAAUGCUAAACUCAACCGAGCUGAGAAAAAAGAGGCCGAACGUCGGAGACAGUUUCGUAUUCCGAGCAAAGUAAAGGACCGGAAGCACUUUAUCCACGACGAACUUACUGAUCUGACAACAACGUUCAACGAGAUGACCGACGAGCUCAUGAUGCAGUAUGAGAAGCUGGAGGAGCGGGUCGCACAAAGAACAGCAGAGCUGGAGCAUAGCAAAAAGGCAGCCGAGGCAGCCAACGAGAGCAAGACCUUGUUCAUCGCGAACAUCUCUCACGAACUGAAAACUCCGCUCAAUGGUAUCUUGGGCAUGUGCGCGGUGUGCAUGUCCGAAGAUGACCCUAUCAAGCUCAGACGAUCCUUGGGCAUCAUCUACAAGAGCGGUGAUCUGCUUCUCAACCUAUUGACAGAUCUUCUGACGUUCAGUAAGAACCAAGUCGGUCAGCAGUUAAGCCUAGACGAAAAGGAGUUCCGGUUGCGAGACAUCAGUUCGCAAGUCUUGGCCAUUUUCGAGAAACAGGCUAGGGAAGGCGAGAUCAAACUCAAUGUCGAAUUCGAGGGGCCGUACGAGAACAACCUAGAUGGAGCGGGACGGCCCAACGAACUACGCGAUCUUGGACCUUUCGGUCUGGGCCGUCUAAAAGACAUGGUCUUAUACGGCGAUCAACACCGAAUACUCCAAGUCGUCAUCAACUUGGUAUCGAACAGUCUCAAGUUCACUCCACAGGGUGGAUCUGUCACGCUCACCAUUCGAUGCCCGGGAGAAGCUACCAUGUCUGAGAGUCGCAAAGCCUCGUUACAAUCACGGCAAAGCUCAAUGCGCAAUUCGAAAACUCGCAUAAGAGCGUCGGCCUCGGAGGUUGGAUCUGUGUCAGUGACGACACCAAGCCAUUACGACACUGCCAACGUCAUCAACGUCAUGGGAGAUAAGGGAACCGCAUACUCACGCUACAUGGCUCAAGAAAGAGCCACGACCCCUCCACCUGGACGUUGGCUAUCCUUCGAAUUUGAGGUUGAAGACACUGGUCCGGGUAUUCCUGAACAUCUCCAUACCAAGAUUUUCGAGCCUUUUGUCCAGGGUGACUUGGGGCUGAGCAAGAAGUUUGGUGGCACCGGUCUUGGGCUGUCGAUUUGCUCACAGCUUGCCGGUUUGAUGAAGGGCACAAUCGGUCUUAAGAGUGAGGUCGGCCACGGGAGUGUCUUUACCAUGGUUAUACCACUGAAGCACCUAUCAAGUCGAGCGGACAGCACAGCAAGCUCAAGAAAUAUCAAUAUAGAAACGGGGACCCCACGACGUAGUCUUUCCAUGGACGAACCGCGCGGUCGAUCGCACGACGAUGCGCUGUCGGCUCGCUCAAUACAGUCUGCUACGAGUGGUCCUAUCGUCGCUGGAAAUACUCCCGCCAACGCACCAGCAGGUCCAGUAUCAUUCGAAAGUGAUACGAAACCGCGUCUAGUUGGUCUUAGUCAGCCCUUCUUUGCCUCUCCCGCGCCUCUAGAAUCGCCAAAUUCGCAAGUAGCUGCCAUGAAGCGAGUGGAAGCGGAAGCAACGAAACGCGGGGCCAAGGUCAAGGUGCUUGUUGCUGAAGACAACAAGACCAAUCAAGAAGUUGUGUUGCGCAUGUUGAAGUUGGAAGAUGUCUACGACGUGACUGUUGCAAAGGACGGCCAAGAAGCGCUCGAUCGGGUCAUGGAGAGCAUGGAGCGUCAGGCUCCGUACAAUCUCAUCUUCAUGGACGUCCAGAUGCCUAACCUAGAUGGUCUGCAAUCCACGCGACUGAUCCGACAGUCAGGUUUUUCAGCUCCCAUUGUCGCCCUGACAGCUUACGCGGAAGAGAGCAACGUCAAGGAAUGUCUCGAAUCGGGCAUGGAUUUCUUCCUGUCAAAACCCAUCCGCCGCCCAGCCCUCAAGCACGUCCUCAAGACAUACUGCCAGACGAUCCCGGAAGAAGAACCAGAUACGCCACCGGGCAGCAUCAUGGGCAAAGCGAACGGCGCGCCGGCGAACGGCACACCCACAAGCGGUUCACCUCAAAAGCCCGCAGCAGCGUCAUCGCCGCCUACGGCACCGUUCACUGUAGCCGUGUCGACAGAGGGACGGCAUACAGAUGAGUCACCUGCCAUAUCGCCCCUUUCCUCGCCUGUCUCGCGAUAG